AUGGAUUGUCCACGCGUAACAGAUGACUAUGAUCGCUUCUCUAAAAAGGUGCCAUGGAAGAGGGGUGAACUGGCCAUGGAUAAAUACACCGGAGAGGCUGUGUUCAUGAGACUCUUCGAAAAAACAUCACUCGAGGGCGGCAUAUUUCACAGGGGCGUAUGCGACAGAGCUCAGGCGGUUGCUAAUGUGCUAUAUUCCCAUAAACCACUGGAGCUUUUGGGUGUUGUUGCCGGCGGGGAGGAUGGCGAGUGGUUGUACUGGGUUACCCCAUUCAUAGAGAAUGACCUUUCGGACUAUCUCUCGGCUCGACGAAAUGUACAGUUCGAAAACAAUCUCAUUUUGCAGAGGUUGCUGGAAAGUCUGAUUAAAUUAAAAGAGCUUGGAUUAUUUCAUGGUAACCUCAGGCCCGGGAACAUUCUGAUGGAGCAGUUUGAGGGUGCAAUAUCUGGGAUAUACCUUGGCGGACUUGAAUGGGCGAGAGAGGAAGAAGACGGCUUUCUGGUCAAGUGGCCCACCGCCACAAAAAAUUACAUGGCUCCGGAGCUGAUUUUGGGAAACAGAAGAACGGUCACCGGCGCAGUCGACGUCUGGGCUUGUGGGUGUAUAUAUGCUGAACUCAUACUUGGCGAACCCUUAUUCAGUGGUGUUCAUGCCUUUGAGGUGAUGAGAUCAAUUAUCACAAGGCUUGGAGCUGCAACUGAAGAUCUGGCAUACCUGCAAUCCUUCUGUGCCUGGGAUGACUACCAAGAUUACCAACAGGAGAACGAUCCCCCACAAGAGAUCAAUCCAGCAGAUUGGCCACUUGAUAUACCACAGGCUGCCAUGGACCUCAUAUUGGGUAUGCUGGCCAUUGAUCCUGCAAAGAGGUUGACUCUCGACCAGUGUUAUGGUUUAUUGGUGUCAAUGAUCAUGCAGCAAAGAGGAGGCUGA